AUGGCCAGCUUAACGCCCACGUUACGGCCAUUGGCCUGCUGGAAGUCUAUAUUACGGCAUACGCGACAGCAGAAAGCAGCGACGAGGUCAUUGACAACUUUCCGCAAGCCAAAGCCGUUCACAGGGCCUAUAGCAGACCAAGUCCCCACACCUCAUGUCAAUCGAAAAUUAAAGGUCCUCCCGCCUCCUCCAUCCGUUGCUGCUCUCUACAAAGAACCCAUCAAAGACCUCACAGAAGACCAAAUCCGCGUCCUCGACCCGACGGGCGCACGUACACGUCUCUUUUCUAAAACCAAUACCGAAGCCGCAAAAGUAGGCGACGUCCUCCUGGUGCGGUUGAAAAACGGCGAUCCCUUCGCAGGCGUAUGCAUCAACAUUCGGCGGCGCGGUAUCGACACCGGCAUUCUUUUAAGAAAUGAAUUGACGAGAGUCGGCGUGGAGAUGUGGUUUAAGAUCUACAGCCCCAACGUAGAGGGGGUAGAGGUGGUGCAGAGGAGGGCGAAGAGAGCGAGAAGAGCAAGACUCACAUAUAUGCGGAAGCCGAAGCAUGAUAUGGGCAGUGUACAGAGCAUUGUGGCGGCUUAUCAACGGACGAGGGUUGGUGCCAGGACAAGCAAUGCCAAUGAUGAGGGCAAGAAGGGAGGCAAGAGGAAGGUGAAGGGCAAGAAGUAGAUUGGCUGUAUUAUAUGGCAUAAUGGCGUUUGAAGAUGGAGAAUACUUGUACAUCAAUGUUAUAUUACAUACUGAGUCUCAGAAGCCAAGCGGCGUUUUUCAACUCCGGCAAUAGCAAAGUGACUAUUACACGG